GGCACGCGCGCGCCGGGGUGAGCCGACUGCGCCGCCGUCACCGGCGCCGCGCCGACUUUGCCCUUUAAAUCGGUCUCCAAGCCGAUUACAGCUGAUCUCCCACGUGACGUUUUACCUUCUGUCUCCCGGAGCGAGUUGCCCGAGGGGCAGUCCUCCUCGGGCUGCCGCGCGCCGCGCCGCCCCAGCCCGCCGCGGGCUCCGGCUCCCGCAACUUCGGGCGAAGCAGCGGCGGGGCGGGGCGCCCUCUCGGGGCCACUUUCCACGCGGGCGUCGGGGGCUCCCCGGGCUUCGCUCGGCCGGGAGGGCGGCGGUCGCGGCCAGAACGUGGCCGGGCCGCAGCCAAGCGCCCCCUCGGACCCGCGCGGCGCCGCGCCCCGAAGGCCGGCGGGGUGCCCUGCGCGCUGCGUCAGACAAGGGGGCGCCCUUCGCCAGCCGGGACCGAGCGGGCGCGCCCUGGGGCGAGCCGGCCUGGAGAUGGCUGCGAGGCACGGGUGAGCCCCCCGCGCCCUCACCAUGCAGAAGAGCGUGCGCUACAACGAGGGGCACGCCCUGUACCUGGCCUUCCUGGCCCGCAAGGAGGGCACCAAACGCGGCUUCCUGAGCAAGAAGGCAGCCGACGCGAGUCGCUGGCACGAGAAGUGGUUCGCGCUCUACCAGAAUGUGCUCUUCUACUUCGAGGGCGAGCAGAGCGGCCGCCCGGCGGGCAUGUACCUCCUGGAGGGCUGCAGCUGCGAGCGGGCGCCCGCGCCGCCCAGGGCCGGGGUCGGGCAAGGCGGCGCCCGGGACGCGCUGGACAAGCAGUAUUACUUUACUGUUCUUUUUGGCCAUGAAGGUCAGAAACCUCUGGAGCUGCGCUGUGAAGAGGAGCAGGAUGGUAAAGAGUGGAUGGAGGCCAUUCACCAAGCCAGUUAUGCAGACAUUCUGAUUGAGAGGGAAGUGUUAAUGCAGAAGUAUAUUCAUCUAGUUCAGAUCGUAGAAACAGAAAAAAUUGCAGCUAACCAGCUCCGGCAUCAACUUGAAGAUCAAGAUACAGAAAUUGAAAGACUUAAAUCAGAGAUUAUCGCUCUUAAUAAAACCAAGGAACGAAUGCGACCUUACCAAAGCAAUCAAGAAGAUGAGGAUCCAGACAUCAAGAAGAUUAAAAAGGUUCAGAGCUUCAUGAGAGGAUGGUUGUGUCGAAGGAAAUGGAAGACUAUUGUGCAGGAUUACAUUUGUUCUCCUCAUGCUGAAAGUAUGAGGAAGAGAAACCAGAUUGUGUUCACCAUGGUUGAAGCCGAGUCGGAGUACGUUCACCAGCUCUAUAUCCUGGUCAAUGGCUUCCUCCGGCCCCUGAGGAUGGCAGCCAGUUCCAAGAAGCCUCCCAUCAGCCACGAUGAUGUCAGCAGCAUUUUCCUCAACAGUGAAACGAUCAUGUUUCUUCAUGAAAUAUUUCACCAAGGACUGAAGGCAAGGAUAGCAAACUGGCCUACUCUAAUUUUAGCUGAUCUGUUCGAUAUUUUGCUCCCCAUGUUGAACAUUUAUCAAGAAUUUGUGCGUAAUCACCAGUACAGCCUCCAAGUGCUUGCCAACUGUAAGCAAAACAGAGAUUUUGACAAACUCUUGAAACAGUAUGAAGCCAACCCUGCCUGUGAGGGGAGGAUGCUGGAAACGUUCCUGACCUAUCCAAUGUUUCAGAUCCCCAGGUAUAUCAUCACACUUCAUGAACUCCUAGCUCAUACACCCCAUGAGCAUGUGGAAAGGAAAAGUCUGGAGUUUGCUAAAUCGAAACUAGAGGAACUGUCCAGGAUAAUGCACGAUGAAGUGAGUGACACUGAAAACAUAAGGAAGAACCUUGCCAUAGAAAGAAUGAUCGUAGAGGGCUGUGAUAUUUUGCUGGACACCAGCCAGACUUUCAUCCGCCAAGGUUCUCUUAUUCAAGUACCUUCUGUUGAGAGGGGGAAACUUAGUAAAGUUCGCCUGGGUUCAUUGUCUUUGAAAAAGGAAGGAGAAAGACAGUGCUUCUUAUUUACAAAACACUUUUUAAUUUGUACGAGAAGCUCAGGAGGAAAGCUCCAUCUGCUCAAGACAGGUGGGGUUCUCUCUCUAAUAGAAUGUACGUUGAUUGAGGAGCCCGAUGCGAGUGAUGAUGACUCCAAAGGUUCUGGGCAAGUGUUUGGACACCUGGAUUUUAAAAUAGUAGUGGAGCCUCCUGAUUCCGCCCCUUUCACUGUAGUCUUGUUAGCACCUUCACGCCAGGAGAAAGCUGCCUGGACGAGUGACAUAAGUCAGUGUGUGGACAAUAUACGGUGUAAUGGUUUAAUGACUAUAGUAUUUGAAGAGAAUUCCAAGGUUACUGUGCCACAUAUGAUUAAGUCUGAUGCCCGUCUUCAUAAAGAUGACACCGACAUUUGCUUCAGUAAAACACUGAACUCCUGCAAAGUGCCCCAGAUCCGCUACGCCAGCGUGGAGCGCCUCCUGGAGCGGCUGACAGACUUGCGGUUUCUCAGUAUCGAUUUCCUCAACACCUUUCUGCACACCUAUCGUAUUUUCACUACGGCAGCCGUGGUGCUGGCCAAACUUUCCGACAUAUACAAGAGGCCUUUUACCUCCAUCCCUGUCAGGUCAUUAGAGUUGUUUUUUGCCACCAGCCAGAACAAUAGAGGUGAACAUUUGGUGGAUGGCAAAUCCCCACGCUUGUGUCGCAAAUUCUCUUCCCCACCACCGCUGGCUGUGUCCAGGACGUCCUCCCCAGUGAGGGCCAGAAAGCUGUCCUUGACUUCUCCGUUGAACUCAAGGAUAGGAGCGUUGGACCUGACUACCUGCUCAGCAUCCAGCAGUCCUACUACCACCCACAGCCCUGCUGCAUCCCCACCACCGCACCCUGGCAAAAUACCGUUGGAUCUUAGCAGAGGCCUUCCUUCUCCAGAACAAAGCCCGGGAUCUAUAGAGGAGCCUGUAGAUAACCCCCGCGUGGAUCUGUGUAACAAGCUAAAACGAAGUAUUCAAAGAGCAGCUGUCCUAGAGUCUGCACCCGUGGACCGAGCAGGAGUGGAAAGCUCCCCGGUGGCGGACACCACGGACCUUUCACCUUGCCGGUCACCCUCCACUCCUCAGCACCUCCGUUAUCGUCAGCCUGUAGCUAGAAAACUAUUCAGAUGUGAAACCAGAUUCACCCCAGGACAGACGGCCGACAACUCCCACUGCUCUGUUUCGCCGGCGUCUGCUUUUGCCAUUGCCACGGCAGCGGCAGGCCACGGAAGUCCACCAGGAUUUAACAACACUGAGAGGACAUGCGACAAAGAGUUUAUUAUUCGGAGAACAGCCACCAAUCGAGUCCUGAAUGUCCUCCGUCACUGGGUCUCAAAGCACGCACAGGAUUUUGAACUCAACAAUGAACUAAAGAUGAAUGUCCUCAAUUUGCUAGAAGAAGUUUUGCGAGACCCAGACCUUCUUCCCCAGGAAAGGAAAGCCACGGCGAAUAUCCUGAGGGUCCUUUCACAAGACGAUCAAGAUGACAUCCACCUAAAAUUAGAGGAUAUAAUUCAACUGACAGACUGUCCGAAGGCUGAGUGCUUUGAGACCUUGUCAGCCAUGGAGCUAGCCGAGCAGAUCACCCUCCUGGACCACAUCGUCUUCAGAAGCAUUCCCUACGAAGAAUUUCUUGGGCAGGGGUGGAUGAAGCUGGAUAAAAAUGAAAGAACACCUUACAUUAUGAAAACCAGCCAACACUUCAAUGAUAUGAGUAACCUGGUGGCGUCCCAGAUAAUGAAUUAUGCCGACGUCAGCUCCCGCACCGUCGCGAUAGAGAAGUGGGUGGCCGUGGCGGACAUUUGCCGGUGCCUGCAUAACUACAACGGCGUCCUGGAGAUCACCUCCGCCUUAAACAGAAGUGCCAUCUACAGGCUGAAGAAAACCUGGGCCAAGGUGUCCAAGCAGACGAAAGCUCUCAUGGACAAGCUUCAGAAGACGGUUUCAUCUGAAGGAAGAUUUAAAAAUCUCAGAGAAACCCUUAAAAACUGUAACCCCCCAGCUGUUCCUUAUCUGGGGAUGUACCUGACGGACCUGGCGUUUAUUGAAGAGGGAACACCAAACUUUACCGAGGAAGGCCUUGUUAAUUUCUCCAAGAUGAGAAUGAUAUCACACAUCAUCAGAGAGAUACGCCAAUUCCAGCAGACUUGCUAUCGAAUAGACCAUCAGCCAAAGGUCACUCAGUACCUGCUUGACAAAGCCCUCAUCAUAGAUGAAGAUACGCUGUAUGAACUGUCACUAAAAAUUGAACCUCGGCUCCCUGCUUGAAGGUCCGGCUUCGCCCCUGAGUCUGUAGGAUUCUCAUGGAAAGCGGGACGGAUAGAACAGUGCAUGCCAUGCUUCCCACAGUGCUGAGAGGACAGGGGACAGAGCCAAAGCCAGUCUCCUCCGUGCACCAAAGAAGAUGGAACGGACCUGGAAUUCUGUCUCCAGCCAGGAAAGCCCAGCUGUUUGGGGUCAAAGACAGAUGCUUUCAGACUUGGGGUGGGAAGGCGAAAACAUUGAUCCUUGGUAGAGCUGAUGGUGUGUUUUUCAUAAGGGAAGGUCAUAGAGGAGGUGCAGGUAGCCAUUUUAAGGAAGCAGGUAAGAAGGUCGAUUUCAAAGCCUUCCCGUGUUCUGUUAGAACUCGCGGACGAGGAGAGUGGAAAAGGCCUGAGCGGUUUGUCUGGCACUGCACUGGCCUGGGUACAUCUGCUAGUCUUCUCUUAGGGUUUAUAACUGCCUCUGUCAUAUUUUCUGUAUUACAAGCUUCCAGAAAAGCCGAGGCUUCCUCUGUAGGGAUGGGCCACCACAUGAGCAAUUUCAGUCUACAGCAUGUGCAUGGUUUUUAGUGCAUUCUAACUAUUUACGCUGGAGGAGUGGCAUGUUCUGAAACUGCUUUUUUGGUCUUUGGGCAACAGGGCAAGAAAGACACGAUGACAGCCGCGUGAACGUAACUUUUUUAAACGUAAACACUCAGUAGGCUUUGCCCCAGGGGAUUCCAGUUCAGGUGGGGUAGGGGCUUCUCCCUGAGGCUGUGGGGCCUGAGAAGCCAGUGCCCUCAAAGACGCAGGUGCAGAGUUUGCAGAGAGGUGCCCGCACACCUCACCCACGGAACUGUGGAAUGGGACGGAAGGCCACAAAGGGCCACGGGGUUUUAGGCUGAGUGACCAGACAUACUUAAAAGUCAUCUCUGCACCUUGCUGGGCUCCUUCUCCUCCAUUCUCCCCACAGGAAUGUGGGAUUUUUUUUUCUGAUUUACACAAACCAUUUUUACGCUCACUAUGAAUACUGGUUGUAUUUUUUAAAACAUUGUUUAAUGGGAUUUUCUUUUUAAAACCCACACGUUUGUGUGCUAUUGGUAGACAGUUCUUCCCCGGUCAUCUUUGUUUUUAAAUAUUGGGAUAUUUAUGAGUGCAAAUAUUCUACGUGUAUGGAAGAUGGGACCAACCACUCAACAGCUCCUCUCUCCGAAGACCAAAUGCAGGGUUAGGCCUGCUACCCUGUGCUGGGGAAGUGACCUUACUUUCCCCAGGUUUGAUGGUUGUUGAAGAAAUAGGGCUAACUCACGUUUACCUCCCUCUUCUCUUCUCAGGGAGAGCUCUGUUUUAAAAGAAGAAAGAGGAAAAAUACAGAGUUAUUGUUACCUGAGCCUAUUGCGCCUGAUGAUUUCUCCUAGAGGCAUGAAGUAUAUUGAUGCUGACAUUGAAAAAAAUUGAUCUGUCUAGCUGUUUUCCCUCCUUCUUUGCACUUUAAUUAUCUUGUUAGAACUAACGGCUGACUAAUAAAUUCAGCUUGCUGGCUCAUAAGGCCCAGUGGAAGCACUUGCGUUGAUAAUAUACCAUAGAGGUGGAGAAUGUACAUUUUUCCUGCAUGGUAAGGGCCAUCUCUGUACAUAACUAUAUAGUGAAAUAUCAAGUAAGUAAAAGAAAAUAUUUAUAAUAUUUUAAGACCAUUCCAAAACUAUUUUCAAUAGGUCAUAUUAGCCAACAGUGUAGCACUAAACCCAAGGAGGGUUACUUAUGAAUGCUUUCUUUUUCUUUUUUUAAGAAGUUGCUUGUUUGUUCUCUUUAGUUUCGAGUAAGAGGUUGAUGCAUUUUAAUGCAUGAUAAGAAGCAUGGGUUGUUUGGAUCCUAACGAUGCAUAACUUGCAAUUUAUUUCUCAGUGUUCACAUACUGAGGGUUUGAACUAAUAUAUGUCAACUUCACCAAGCACCUCAAGGUCUUGCCGAAGAAAAGGAAAAUAAAGCUUAACUUUUUUGGCUCAAAAACAUAGUCUUGGAAGGUGGACUAAAACCAGGAAAAAUCAGUGACAGGACCACACACAUAGUAGUUUCAGGCAAAACAACAUGUGGACAGGUCCAUGCGCUCUGCUUUGAAGUCUGCAAAGUAUUCCAGAGGGGAAGAGGUCAUUCGGUGUGUGGACCCUUAUUUCUCUGACCCAAAUAUUCCCAGAGGCACUAAAGCCCUUCUUACUAAAGAAAAACGAGAGAGAGAGGAAUUUCCAAAUGCUCCUCCCCUUCUGGAGAGCCAGGGUUUCCUCAACUUAGUGACAAAGCUGUGUCGCCUAUUUCCUGCAAAAUGUUGGAAGCGCCCCCCAGUGGUCGGCUACGGCACCGUUAGUUGCUAUGGUGACCCUUAGAGUUUUCUUAAGUUACAUGCCCCUCCUCCUUACUAGAGUCUGAAACCUUGCUGGAACUGCAAAAAGAGAGAACUCUACCUCCAAGGGAGCUCCUUUUGAUGAUCUGCACCACUUCUGGACCAUCUGGGAUAAGAAUGUGCAUUUUUUAAAAACUCAAUUUGGUCACAUUUAAAAUCGCCAAGAGCAAUUUGCAGUGCUUCUGAUUGUUAAAGCACCCAUCCUCUUCUGCCUUUCAAGUUUGUAUUUAUUGUUGGGGUGUGCACUCCCAGCUGUGUCUGCCCUUAUUCCAUUAUAUGAGACCCACUUCUAAGAGCAGAAAGCAGGCCAGCCCCUAACAACCAAAUAGCAAACACUUGUAUUAUUGCUAAAUUAACCUAGGAAAUCAGAAGUAAAAGCCAAUUUCAUGCUUUCAGAUGAAUGCCCACAUUUUGUACUGUCCAUGAAAUUAUCUUGGGACUUUUAGGGGAUGCCUUUGGUUAUUAACAUCCAGUUUUGCUGCAGGGACAAAUCUCUUACUUAAGCCAACGUAUUAUGUGACAGGUUUAGGCAUGAAGUGGAGUGUUGUCACUUUUCCUUAGUGUUUCUCUGAAGGAAUUUAAAGAGAGAAUUUUAAACUACGGUUGCAGUAUUUCAAGUGGCUCUCCCACAAAGCCCCCAUUAAUGUUUGUUAGAUUUCAUACAUCUUAAAGUACUGCUUAAAAACAAAUGAAACUCAUAGAUACUGAAUAACUUAGAAGAGAAAAAACUGUCACAUUCCCAUUUGGAGUAUAUGAUGAUGGGUUACUACCUCUUCUCUCACUAUACAAGACAAAACUUGGGUCGGCAAUGACUGGGCCACUUUUUAAAUUCUUAACUAAAAAAGUAAUGCAAUAGAGGGGUUAUUCCCCCCUCCAGAAUAACUUUUAUUUUAAAAUAAAGGAUUUUAUUUAGCUUUUCUUUGCAAAGUUUGAUUUUAU